UAUUGACUCAGCGAGCGAGCGCGAUAGCAGGCCAGACGGAACAGCACCGCGCCGCCUCACGGUUUCAAGAAAUCUCGUAACCGGACAAACAAAUAUGUACUUCGCUUGCGUUCCCAGCCUAAAGUACUUUACCCGUGACGUCGGAGUGCGAUCUUUAGCCUGAUAUCGUUUUUCCCUUAAAAUAGCCGCCUUUUUGUUAACCGUCGAACAGUAUUGCCCGAGCCCGCCGAGUGCUAAGUACUCUGUCAAUCAGUACUUAGAGUUAUAAUCCAAUUGUUACCGUUGGCAACUGCAUUUACAAGCCCAAAGCAAACUACUUGUCAACAUUUCGCCGGACAUAAUUUACAAUUACACACCGCUGCAGCCGCUAAAAAUAAACUCUGCGAGGCGUGUCAGCGGGCCAAGCCAAAGCGCAUUUCAUCCCAUACAAGAGACAGAAAUUCCGAGCACAGAGCCAUCCAAAAUGCCUGAUGUAAAGUUUUUAGCGGUGCUGCCCAACAAUGCCAACGCUUCGGACAGCGUAACAAAGUUAACCAUCAGCGGCACCCUGCUCCAGCAACCUCAGCAAUUCUCGGUGAACUUUGUGAACAGUCCAGUGUGUACAGACAACAUCACAUAUCACUUCAAGGUGGUGAUCCCCACACAGACGAUCAUCGAGAACUACAAGAGGAACGGCGAGUGGAGCAGCCUGCAGCAGGAACACUACCUUAACAUAUUCGAUGGUACAGGCGGUGAUAGUGAUAAGACCCUGACCCAAAGCUUUGCCAGUAUUAUGAACGAGAUUGAUGAGGCGUUCCAACUUUCAUCCACAGAAUCAACCUUUCGCCUAGAGUUUACAUUCGAUUAUGAUAAUUCCACAAUGAUCGUGUACCAGGUCAGGGAAACGGGUCACAAUUUCAUAAGCAAAUACGAGACGCUCUUCUCGCUCUCCGAAAUCCAGGCGAUUCAGGUCUGGGGAGAUGUGCAAAAGGUCAAUCAGUUCGCCCUCAGCUAUGAUUGAUACAGGGACAGAUCAGACCCCCAAGUCGAACGAAUCUUACCAAAAAUAUUCACGUAAACAUUGGGGCCAGCCCCAGCCUGCCAUCUGCUUUAUAGCGCACCUACAAAAACCGAUGGCUCCAGUGUGCAAUACCAAAUGAAAUACACAUACACAAUACAAGUAUCGUUUUUAUCCAUAAA